CAGGGCCGCGGUCCAGGCAGCGAGCACUGGCCGCUUCGGUUGCCAUGGGGACGGCGGCGUAGGCAGGGGCUGACGUCAGAGGGUGGCUAGCUGCCCGCACUGCGGUACCCAGCGGGUUCUCAGAGCCCGGGUGGCUGGCGGCUGGGGCGGCUGCGCGGCCGCCUCACUACCCGCCCGCCCCGCCUGGGCUCUUUUUCCGAUCCCGGGGUUGGCUUCGGCGGGACCGGCAGUUGGCUGCUCUGCGCCCUUUUCUCCGGUGCCAACCUGGUGCUGAAUCUUGAACCUGUGAAAUGCCUUCUUAAUUACAUCUGAGAAAAGGAUCCUGUUUGAGUCAAUACUUUACCCUAUAACUCAAUGUUCUUCAUAAAGCUGAGAUAUGCCCACAGUUGAAAGUGAAGCCACAGUGGAGACCAAAGUUCGUGUUGAGGAGUUGCUUAAGGCCCACAAUGAUCUAAUAUGUGAAAGAAAAAAACUGAAGAAAAAAAUUGGCAAAUCUGGAGAAAAAAUCUCACUUGGCACCCUUAGAAGCAAUCUUCAGAAAAUCAAGGAACCGAAAAGCGAUGCCGUAAGUGCUGCUAACACCAAUAACCCGGAGAAGAACAUGCGAGUCACUAAAAACAAACCAAGGCAUCCACGGUCAGCACAUUCAGAGCCAGAAGAUGAUGUUAGUGUGGAGGAAGACAAGCAAGAAAAGGCAAAUAAAAUACACACAGCCCUCCAGGUGACUGCGUCGCAAGAGGAACUGGAAACGCCGGAGAAGAAGGAGGACGCCACACUUCAGAAAGCGCGGACCAAGCCACAGCCAGGCGGCACUCAGGAGAAAAGUGAGAAGGACGAGGAAGAAAGAGAAAAUAAGAGUGUAGAUGAGGAGGAAGAACUGAUGCGAGUAUACCAGCUCCAGGUAGCUGAAGAAAUGGCAAAGGAGAUUAAGAAGAAAAUCAGAAAGAAACUCAAGGAGCAGCUAACUUACUUUCCCUCAGAUACUUCAUUGCAUGCUGACAAAUUGAUCGGUGAAAAAAGAAAAAAGAAAAAGAAGAAAGUUCCAAUCCUGUCUCAGUCUGAAACAAGUACAUUGAUCAUCUCUGAUGACCCAAUUGAAGGUGAACAAAAGAAAUCUCUAGUUGGAACAGUUACUUCAGAGUCUCGUCAAGAUGAUGAAAUAAACUCAGUGGAACAAAAUGUAGAUGACAACAUGCAAGAGGACACAAAAUCCAAACCAAAAAAAAAGAAAAAGAAGGCUAAAGCAGCCCCGUGUGAUCGCCACAAUCUCUGCUGGUUUCUCUGUCCCCCAGUAGGGGCCUUCUGCCAGGGGCCACGCCUGGACUCUCAACUUCUAGAUGCGCCCAGAAUUGUUUCAGAUGAUAAUGAGGACACUGAUGGCGACGGUGUUCAUGAAAUAACAAGCCGAGAUAGUCCAGUUUAUCCCAAAUGUUUGCUUGAUGAUGACCUUGUCCUGGGAGUUUACAUUCACCGAACUGAUCGACUUAAAUCAGAUUUUAUGAUUUCUCAUCCGAUGGUAAAAAUUCAUGUGGUUGAUGAGAAUACUGGUCAAUAUGUCAAGAAAGAUGAUAGUGAACGGCCAGUUUCAUCUUACUAUGAAAAAGAGAGUGUGGAUUAUAUUCUUCCUAUUAUGACCCAGCCAUAUGAUUUUAAACAGUUAAAAUCAAGACUUCCAGAGUGGGAAGAACAAAUUAUAUUUAAUGAAAACUUUCCUUAUUUGCUUCGAGAUUUUGAUGAGAGCCCUAAAGUCAUCCUGUUCUUUGAGAUUCUUGAUUUCUUAAGCAUGGAUGAAAUUAGGAAUAACUCUGAAGUUCGAAACCAGGAAUGCGGCUUCCGGAAGAUCGCCUGGGCAUUUCUCAAGCUUCUAGGAGCCAAUGGAAAUGUAAACAUCAAUUCAAAACUUCGCCUGCAGCUGUAUUACCCACCUACUAAGCCUCGAUCUCAGUCAAAUGUUGUUGAGGUUUUUGAGUGGUGGUCCAAAUGUCCAAGAAAUCGUUACCCAUCAACAUUGUAUGUAACUGUAAGAGGACUGAAAGUUCCAGAAUGUAUAAAGCCAUCUUACCGUUCUAUGAUGGCUCUUCAGGAAGAAAAACCAGUGUAUUGUGAACGACACCAUGAGCCAAGUUCAGUAGACACAGAACCUGGAUUAGAAGAUUCGAAGGAAGUGGUGAAGUGGAAACGACUGCCUGGGCAGGCUUGCCGUAUCCCAAACAAGCACCUCUUCUCACUAAAUGCAGGAGAGCGAGGAUGUUUUUGUCUUGCUUUCUCCCACAACGGAAGGAUAUUAGCAGCAGCCUGUGCCAGCCGAGAUGGAUAUCCAAUUAUUUUAUAUGAAAUUCCUUCUGGACGUUUCAUGAGAGAAUUAUGUGGCCACCUCAAUAUCAUUUAUGAUCUUUGCUGGUCAAACGAUGACCGCUACAUCCUUACCGCAUCAUCUGAUGGCACUGCCAGGAUAUGGAAAAAUGAAAUAAACAAUACAAAUACUUUCAGAGUUUUACCUCAUCCUUCUUUUGUUUACACGGCUAAAUUCCAUCCAGCUGUAAAAGAGCUGGUUGUUACAGGCUGCUAUGAUUCUGUGAUACGUAUAUGGAAAGUCGAUAUGAAAGAGGAUCCCGCCAUAUUGAUCCGGCAGUUUGACACUCACAAGAGUUUUAUCAACUCUCUCUGUUUUGAUAUGGAAGGUCAUCACAUGUAUUCAGGAGACUGCACAGGGGUGAUUGUGGUUUGGAACACAUAUGUCAAAGUUAAUGACGUGCAGCAUUCAGUUCGCCACUGGAGUGUAAAUAAGGAAAUUAAAGAGAGUGAGUUUAAGGGGAUUCCAAUAAGCUACCUGGAAGUUCAUCCCAAUGGAAAACGUUUGUUAAUUCAUACCAAAGACAGCACUUUGAGAAUUAUGGAUCUCCGAAUAUUAGCAGCAAGGAAAUUUGUAGGUGCAGCAAAUUAUCGAGAGAAGAUUCAUAGUACUUUGACACCAUGUGGGACUUUUCUCUUUGCUGGAAGUGAGGAUGGUGUAGUAUAUGUUUGGAAUCCGGAAACAGGAGAACAAGUAGCAAUGUAUUCUGACCUGCCAUUCAAGUCACCCAUUCGAGACAUUUCAUAUCAUCCACUUGAAAAUAUGGUCGCAUUUUGUGCGUUUGGACAGAAUGAGCCGAUUCUUCUAUAUAUUUAUGAUUUCCAUGUUGCCCAGCAGGAGGCUGAAAUGUUCAAACGCUACAAUGGAACAUUUCCAUUACCUGGAAUACACCAAAGUCAAGAUGCUUUAUGCACCUGCCCUAAACUGCCUCAUCAAGGCUCUUUUCAGAUUGAUGAUUACGUCCCCACUGAAAAUUCUUCAAUGAAAAUGCAGCAAGUGAAACAGAGGCUUGAUUCUGUCACAGAGGUGAUACGAGCCUGUGCUGCAAAGGUCAACAAAAAUCUCUCAUUUACUUCAACAUCAGCCUCCUCACAACAGGCUAAGUCAAAACAAUCAAACAUGCUGGAUGCUCAUCAGAUUCUGCGUCAGUUUGGUUUCACUCAAGCUGGAUGUUUCACUCCUGCACAUGCAGAUACUGGGAAUGCAAGAUUCAUUCAUACAUUCAGGAUUAUCAGCACAGAAAGGAAGCCUUGUAACCAUCAUGUAGACACAGCACCAACGGGUUUAACAGAAGAAAAUAUUGAGAGAUAAGUAGGAAAACGUCUAUCCAAAAAGUUAACAAAGUGGGAUAUUUGUAAGCUCAAACUUUCUACUACUCCUGGCUGCAAAGAAGAGCUACUCCUCAGGCCUGAGGAAGGAAUGAAGGCGAGUGGGCCAGGAUUUCAGAAUGGCUGAGGCGGGAGCCCUGCGUGCCUCCAUCCUCAUCUAUAACCCCAGUUUCUGGCCCACCUCUCUGCAGUUCCUCCUGCUCUAAGCACUGCCAUGAAUGCUUGGGUCUAGGAGAGUGCUGGACAGUAGGGGAGGGAAAUAAGACUUCCUCAGGCCUCUGUCACAGGGAAAGAUGUGUUCCUGACGUUCCAAGUUGAAGUGAACGUCUCUGUCAAUAAAUGGUUACAGACGAUAUAGUCUGAUCCUCUGGCACCAUCAUGUAGUACAGUGUUCUUCAGACAAGUAUAGAUGAGCCUGAGAACAAAACCACUUUUGUCCCGUGCUUCUCAGUUCUUUCUCGCUCUUCUUAAUGUAUUCAUUGUCCUUUUUUCAUUUAUUACCUGAAUUUUAAUUUUUCGUUUGGAAUUUUUUUUUCCUUUUGACACAAAUAAUACCAUGAUACCCCAGGUGCCUUUGAGAGAUGAAGUAGAAUAGAACAUCCCGCCAUGCCAGGACCUCCUCCACCAAAAAGAACUAAACCCGUCUUCUUAACUGGCUCUAGUCACUACUUGCUUUUUUGUAUUCAGAGCUCUUAAUUUUGUUCAUAUCUAAGAGUAUAUUUUCAAGUUAUUUUUUUUCAACAACUAAAAAUUGAGAGGUUUAUGACCUGAGUUGACAGAUUUUAGACUAUCUCUCAGUUGUCUUUGCAUAAGACAGCUUACCAGGGUUUUUAAUUAUUUGAAUAUAAUUUUUUCCCUUCAAAACAUUGUAGACAUUGGUCAUCUUUUGCCCUCUGUCAUUUAGUAUUUCAGGAGAAACGUUGGAUAUCAGCCCAUGUCCGUGGAUAGUUGUUGCUUUGUAUAGGCAACCUGUUUUGCCUGCUCAUGUGUUACAGAUUCUCUUUUCUUUUCUGUAUAGCUAAUGUCCUAGCUCAGAUUUGAUGUGUAAAUGUGUGGCUUUCUUUUCACUCAUUUUUGGUCUGAAUGAUAUUCACUCAGACACAUGUUACUAUUAGAGGAAAAGCAAAUAAGACAUUAGACAAUGAUAAUGUUAGAUGACACAGAAAUAAUUAGGUCAUUCCACUUUAAGAGCUACUUGCUGCACCUGCUUAUAGCCUACAUCAAGUUAAGGAUAAUAUCAGACUCAGAUUAAUCAGAGGUCAUUGUCUAAACCCUGAAAGGCAGGUGUAAAAGUUAGUUAAUAGUUAAAUCAGCAUAGGCUUGAAUCCCAUAGUCACUUCAAAUGAAGGACUUAUUUGCACACCAAAGAGAAAUAGCAACUAGCAUAAGGAAGUAUUCUACCAACAUGUUUGGUCUUUUCUUAUUUUAGGUUAUCGCACAAGGUAUAGUUAAAACAUACCUGCCCUUUAAUGUAGAGUCCUAUGUGCAGCAUUUCCCAUAGCUUUUCAUAUUUUCUGGUGGCAUUAAAACAUGGCAAGUCAUGCUUAAUAUAUAAAGAAUUUUUAAUGACUUGAGGAGAAUUGUUUUUGAAUCUCUUCCAGUGAAAACUGAUAAAAUUCAAUUCAAAUAACAUCAUUAUGGCCUAUUGUAAUCAAUCAUUUUUGUAAAGCUCCUGCAUUCCCAACCUGUAACACUAUGUAAUACUGUUUCUUUCUUCUUAUUUUAUUCGUCAGUUCCACAGCUCUCAUUAAUGAGAACAAGUUUUCUUUUAACAAAACGGAUUUGGGGGUAGUUUAUUAAAUUACAGCUUACAUUUUCAUAAAAGUCCACACAUCUACCACAGCAGCUUGAAACAAACCCCAGUCUGUCUCAUCUGGAUUAUACCAAUUACAGAACAGUUUUUCCAUUUGUCUAAGUUUUGCAUAAAUUAUUAGGAAUUAAAAUAUCCUAGCUUGAUUAGAAAUUUAAAUGUUGAUCAUUAUUCUUCAUUGUUAUCAGAACAGUU